UGCCAGCCAAUCAGGAGAACUCUUUCCUUUAUCCUGCCUGUUGCUGCCACUGUGGGGCAAGGUCACAGCAUCUACAGAAAUCAGAGACUUCUUAAAUGUUCAGCCAGGAAGGCUGAUGAGUGCUUUUCAAGGGCCCUUUUCUGAAUUAUGAAUAAGCAGAAUACUGCUAUUCUUAGAUUCUCUCUGCUUCUGUCAAAAAUGAAGCCAAAGUGGGAGGAAGCCCUCUUCUACAUGGUUGUGGCCAGCUGCCUCAGUGUGGCUAAUACCUACAUCAUCAUUUUCAACACUGUUUUUGUAGAAAUGGGCUAUUAACACUCUCCUGAAGCACCAGUGGCCAGCCUGUCCACCUUUGUAGCCAUGCUCUUCAACUCAAUCAUUAACAUAGCCUGCAUGCUCGUGGGAGUAUACUGGUUACAAAGAAAUGCCAGUACCCCUAGAUGCUCCAUGGAGCAGCAGAGAGCUCAUUACCUUAAGGAUGUCUUUGCUAGCAUGGCUGUCAUCUAUGGCCCUUUUCAGUGGCUGUGGGUCUGGACCCAGGCAUACCCCACUGUCAUGCUGUUCCUCACUUUGCACAUUUUUACAUGGCUAGUGACUUAGUGCUUCUCCCUAUACAGAGGAUGGAAGCCCUGGUUAUUGCUCUGUUUUGAAUGUGUGUCCCUAUCAAGUUACAACCUUGCCCUUUGUCCACAGGAGUUUGAGGCAGCACUGGCUGCUCAUGUGGUAGCAGGUGUUAGAGAGGCCCUGUACAGCCAUAGACAGUACAGUAGUAUCUUCAUAGCCACCUAGUUAGCUUUGGGCCUGCUGUCAUCCCUGGGCUUUGUGGUCCUCAAGAUGUGUGAACAUCCGCUUUCACAAUAGCAUCUAGUCCUGCACCCCACAGGCCACCUCUGGUCUAAGGUCUAUAAUGUUCUCUAUUUCCACUUUGCAUUUUUGUUUCAGAUAAAUUUAAACACUUGCCCAAGACCACAUCCAAAGGAGAAAAUGUCCUAAAGUGAGGAUAAAAACAACCAUCUUGAGGAAUUUAAAGACCUUUACACGAAUAAGCAUCCAAAGAAAAAGGGAGAACUACUCAGAAAAAAUUACCUAGACAAGGAAUAAUCUGACCUAAUGUAAUCUUUGAAGUCUCUGAACAGAAAGUGGAACCCAACAGAUGAUAAUUCCACCAGGACUAUGACAACACCAUUAAACUGAACAACAGCAACUAAAGAUCUGCUUUGGACUACAAACUGCUCAGCAUAAUUUCAAGGUGGCUAGUGGAGAUGAUCAGGCUUUACAGCUACUCUAGCCAGGACUUGAGACAAGCCUUGCACUUUCCCAAUACAUGUAGACUGAACAACAAAUGAUACAGCCACCUGUCCCAGGACUUGACAAUUAAUCCAAAUUUUUCUUUUCAGGAGCCCCUAAAGAUGCCAUCACCCCUACACAGCAGGAAGUAAAUUUAAGAAUAUGAUACCCACAUUUCCAAGAGGUGGGGGUCAGUGAUUUUUUGAUCAUUCAGUGGGUUAUGGAUUUUUGUCAUUGUUUAGGGAGAUUGGUUACAAGUUGUUAUUGGUAAUUGUCAGGAAAAAAGCUAAACAAUGGAGCUUAGAUUCAGGGUUUUUGCUCUGAAAAGAAAAAAGGGGGCACACAUAUAAUAGGAUAAAAAGGGUAGAUUAUUGAAUCUACUCUCAAAAAAAAGGGAAGAUAUAGAUAUGAUAAGAUUGAAUCUACUUUUUUUUUGUUUUUCGA